AUGUCAAGCCUUCAGGGCUAUGUCGACCGUCACGUAUUAUUGAUUCUCCAGGAUGGUCGUGCCAUCGUCGGAAUAAUGGCUGGCUUCGAUCAGAAAUCUAACGUUGUGCUUUCGGAAUCAAAAGAGCGCGUCUACAGCAUGGAUGAAGGCGUAGAGGAGAUACCGCUUGGUUUAUAUCUAGUGAAGGGAGACAUGAUUGUCCUGAUCGGUGAAAUAGACGAGGCCCUCGACAAAGCAGUGGAUCUCUCGACGAUUCGCGCAGAGGCAAUUCCACCAAUCCGUUAUUAA